CCUCCCUUCUCCAUGUGGACUCUCUGUUUUAUUCUAUAAUUUUCAGCCUGAUCGGGACUUUUCUUUAGUGCAUCACAUGGACUCGGGCAUUUGGGAUCACUAGCUGUGGCCUCCGAGAAGCACUAAAUCUCUCUGUUUUCCGUCGUAGUUUUUCUCCGUUGGUUUGUUUGGUGCAUUUUAACAGGUUGAAGAAGCAGUUCUUCUUUGUUUUCCAUUUUUCCAUUGAUCUUGUAUUUGACCCUUAAUCUCAAGCAUCAGUAUUUUUUUCUGUUUUUUUUUUGUUUCCAGUCGAAACAAAAUCCUUGCGAAAAGUCGAGAUCUUGACAAUCUGAUCAAGGGGCUUCCUUUGAUUCUGACUUCCCCUUUGUUAAUGUUGAACAUGAUGAUGGUCUCUAUGCCUGUUGUUUGCUGCCGUUCGCAGGCCCAUUGAUGGAUGUGUCUGAAUCUGUGAAUCUCAUGUUCGGGGAUGUGGGAUCCUGGUAUUCUAGAGGGAGAGGAGAGGAGAGGAGAGAGAUGCUGAGGGGAAUGAACAAGGUCCAGAAAGAUCACUGCAAAGGGCAGCUGCUGUCUGAUUCCACCUCCGAUUCUUGCUUCUCCUCCAAUGGCUUGAUCCAGAAGGCCAGGAACGCCACACUGUUCAGUGUUCCUGGCCUCUUCGUAGGGUUCAGCGCCAAGGGCUUAUCGGAGUCCGACGCAGUCAGGAGCCCCACGUCCCCCUUGGACUACAAGGGGUUCUCCAACCUCGGCCACUCCUUUCUCGGUUUCUCUCGAUCGGCAAGCCUGGAUGGGAAGCCCAGGUGCUGGGACCGCACCCGGGUAGGCCUGCGCCUGGUGGAUACCCUCAACGACGAGACCAAGCCUUGUGGGAGGCUCUUGGGGCUCUCCGAGAGCAGCAACAUACUGUUUGCUCCACGCAUGAGGAUCAACAUCUCUAGCCCCAAACCUCACCUUGUCGGCCGGGGAGAUGACUGCACAGGCGCAGCUCCCAAGUCUUUGCCGAAGGACUACCGCACUUCCCCACAGACUGGUAGAUCCAAAGGAGCUGAAUCAGAAUGUGGAGAGGUCGGAUUGCUGAGAUCUUGUUCGGUGGUGGUUAGCACAUCAUCCUCGACGCCAAUCGACUCCAAGUCCGAAUCUGAAGUCUUUGCAUCAGAUUCCAAGAGUUCCAUGGCGGAAGGAAGUGCCAAUUUUGACAAGCUUUCUGGGUCCCUCCCUGUCUCUAUUGGCGGCUCACCCUGUGGAGUCAUCGCUUCUCUUUCCGCAAGCGAAAUCGAGCAGUCGGAGGAUUACACCUGCAUUAUAUCGCACGGUCCCAAUCCUAAAACCACUCACAUUUUUGGAGAUUGCAUUCUUGAAAGCCACAGCUUUCCGUCGCGAGAUCUUAGGAAGAAGCAUAGAAAAGAUGAGGAACGGUCGGCCUGGCUGCUGAAGCCCUCCGAAGAAGGUGCACCGCCCUGCCCCUCCAGUGACUUCCUCCGCUGCUGUUUCUCUUGCAAGAAGAAGCUGGAGGAGGGGAAAGACAUCUACAUAGGUGAGAAAGCAUUCUGCAGCUGCGACUGCCGUGACCAGGAAAUUUUGAUGGAAGAAGAGAUGGAGGAGAAGCCCACGUUUGGUUCAUCUGGUUCGUCAACUUCGUCCUUUCACGAGGAGAUAUUUCUGGAGGACAUGACCAUGGCUGAGUAAGGCGGAGGUUUGCCAGAUUCCCGGCGCACGUUUGAUCCGCGAGCACUGAGAUUGCUACGGCAAGCAAGCUUGAUCAUCCGUCUCUCAAGAGCUGUCUAUGUGAAUCUUUAGCGGCCAUGGAUGAUCAGCAUGUACAUUCAUUUGUUUGCUGAUUUCGUUACAGUGUCCGUGGUACUGUUGGUGGCGAACAUCUAUUAAUUGCCUACGCUCCUUGUCUUGGUAGACCUUUUCUCUUUCCUCUGAUGAUUUUGAUGAGAAAGGGUGCGAGCCACAGUGUAUGGCUCCCCCAUUUUUCCUGCUCUCUCCCAAGCGCGAAAUUUAUCGUCUCAUGACCCAUAUGAACUUGGUGAAUUGAUGAAUAUUGCAGAGCCACCACUUGGACUAA